AUGAUGGAGCAGGAAUUCGUGGAGAUGGUGUUGAGCAAUGAUGUUAUGCUAGUCUGCGGCGACACCGGCUGUGGCAAAUCGACGCAGGUUCCGCAAUUCCUGUAUGAGUGCGGUCUCUGCAACGGUGAAGAGCACCUGAUUGGCGUAACGCAGCCGCGGCGCGUUGCUGCAGUUUCUGUCUCGCAGCGAGUGGGACAAGAGCUGAACGAGCCGGAGAAGGUUGGCUACCAGGUCCGGUAUGACAAGAGCCACUGCACCAAAGACAUGCGCAUCAAGUUCAUGACGGAUGGAAUUCUAUUGCGGGAGGCACAAGCGGAUUUCUUAUGCCGCAAGUACACCGCAAUUGUGAUUGAUGAGGCGCACGAGAGAGGAGCCUCUCCGCCAGAAUUGCUGGGAAUGCAAUUGGUUUGCAAACGUUCAAGGCUCAUGACGAUACCUGAGCCACCAGCACCUCAAAAUUCAAGACAGAAGCAAAAGUUGGGUCUCUGCUGUGACCUGCUCAAAACUUGGGUUCAUCGACCAAGCAACUUCAGGAAACCCUUCUUGAUCCCAGCUGUGCUUCAUAAAGCAGUGUUUGUUUACAGUGAGGAAAGAAGCUGUACACACUAG